ACCUCAGUUAUCACGAUGAAGCUGAUUGUGGUGGUAUUGGGUCUGGUGGUGGGGGCGUUGGGGUCUCUUGGGGAUGGGGAGAAGGUGGUGGAGGUGGCCCCUGUGCUGGCCCCACCCAGGGAGGGGAAGAACCACGUGACGGACCGGGCGAGACAGUUCCCGUUCCUGGUGGUUUGGUCCCACGAUAAGGCGCAGCCGCAACCCAAAUCGUUGCCGGUUAAUCCAGAACCGGUGUAUGUCCAGAAACUUGAAGACCAAGUUCACAACAGGCAGAGGCGACACCUGCUGAAGAAGAUCCUGGAGCAUAAGUACGGUGGCCAUGGUGGUGGUGGUGGUGAUUCCAAAACUAUCGUCAUCAUAAAAGAUGGUGGUGGUGGCGGUCACUACGGUGGAGGUGGCAACUAUGGCGGUGGCAACUACGGUGGUCAUGGCAGUGGUGGCGGCGGCGGCGGCGGUGGCGGCGGCGGCGGCGGCGGGGGCGGUGGCUACGGGGGCGGAUAUGGCGGGGGCGGGGGUGGGGGCGGCGGCGGAGGGGGCGGUGGCUACGGCGGUGGCAGCCGUGGCUACGGUGGUGGCAAUUCCGGAUAUGGCGGUGGCCAGGCAUACGCCCAAGCCACAGCAAUUGCUUAUGGAAAACGCUAAAGGAAUCACGCUUUAAUUAAAUUCGGAUUCGUUGUUGACUGUGAUUAAUAAGUUAGAAUAAUGGACUAAUUUAUAAUUUAGUAAAAUAAAGACUUAAAUACGACUCACCGAAAGAAGAGAAGCAAGCCGCC